AUGGUAGACUCAGCACCCGAAAGUAACGGCGCGACAUCUGCGCCGAGAAGCCGCCUUCUUGAGCUACCUGGAGUACAGGUGGCUCGUUUCUCAAAUCCGUCUAGUUUCGCACCAAUUGCAGAUAUACGUUAUGACCCAUAUCGGCCGGUAAAUUCAUGGAAGCCUGGAGCCAAUAAGGAGUCUCGCAAAGUCUACUGGCAAAGCUCUCGAUCCCUUGCGCUCGGCUUUACGCAGACGUGUCAGCUUCUCCGCCGCGAGUUUCUCCCGAUGUAUCGGAGGACUAUGCCUCUCUGCGCCAGUAUCAGAGCUAUAGACUUCAUUGAUUGCAUCCGUGGUCUUAACACUGCACUCUACGGCUACGGUCACAGAGUUAUAUCACAGAUCAAUUGCGGAUCCCGCGAUUACCUUGGGGCCCUCAACCCGCUUGAUUUUGUUCGCAAGUUCCCCGGCCGACUAUUAGACUUCCGCAUUGAGGCUCAAGCUAUGAAAGGACUCAACCGAUUGGCAAAAGAGCGACCGCAAUGGAUCUGGGAGUACUCCGUAAUUUCGUCAGCCACCCGACUUGUCUUCCGUAUGGAGCUCCCUGACAGCAACAUCAUACUUGAUUUCAAGGUUACGGCCUUCGAAUCUACGCUAGACCCUGACAUUACUGGUUCCAUUGCCAGGAGCGAUGCGCUGUUGAAGUGGACGAAGGGGGUGACCCUUUUCGGCGGUGAUGGUCAUCCCUACUACGUGAACGGUCAGACUGACGUGUCUGCUUAG